CGUUGCUGCGCCGGCGCUCAACCACCCCAGUAUCCACCACGGUGAACCCAGGCGCCCGCUCGUGUUGACCUCUCCUGUGGCAUAUCGCGAAGAUUUGUACUCCGAAUGGGUGGUGGGAGCUGCGAUGUGUGCAAGGACGCGCCGUCCAAGUACAAGUGCCCUAAUUGCCGCAUGCCCUAUUGCUCCGUGACAUGCUUUAAAAAACACAAAGAUGAAUCUUGCCAAAAGAUAACAACUCAGGAAGAAAUUAACAAGUCAUCAUUGCCGGAAGAAGUUACAAGGAGCUCUGUGCUGGAAGAUGGAGCAAAUUGUCCUAAUGACAAGGAUCAACUUCCCUCUUUAUCACCAGACACAACAUGCCCCACACAAUCUCCAAACAAACUUUGUCCUACAAAAGCUCUGGAAGUUGAGGAUCCAAGCUGGCUUGUUGACAGGAAUCGAUUGAGAUCUUUAGUGGAAUUGAAUGAAAUCCGGGAUAUGCUCAAGGACCCUGAACUGCAGAAAAUGAUACUUCAGAUUGAUGGCUCUUCAGAACCAGAGAAGGAAUUGGAGAAAUUGAUGGAAGGACAAGCUUUUCAACAGUUCACCAAUAAGAUUCUUGACAUUGUUAGUCCACAACAGUGAGCAAGUAUCCUUAUGGUGAAACCGUCAUCCGGUCGAAUGGAGACAUAUCCAGGCAAAACGAGAUCAGAGCACCCACAACAACUCAUGUCAGCGUUCCGUCUUUCUCUCUCAAAAUGAGAACCUGUAGAAUGGAACCAUUCCAGUGAAAGGAAAUAACUUGAGUACUUAGAGAAAGCUGCACGUCCAAGAUAUUUCUUCUGUGGUAGAAACAUGAUCGUACUGCAUCUCACUUUCUUCUGUCAAUCAACUAAAAAGGAUGUCAAUCAACUAAAGGAAGUGUACCA